UGUCUUCUUCGCGUUAAGUGCUGCAGUUAGUGUACGCCUACGCUCUCUAAAACCUCCAGAACCAAAGUAGUGAAAAUACGAAAAACGUCGUCGUUCUCUUCGGCAUGGAAUUCACUCAGAGUGACUUUGAUCGCUUACUGUUGUUCGAGCACACGCGAAAAACCGCUGAAGCAAAGUAUGCAGCAAACCCUCUUGAUGCUGAUAAUCUGACAAAAUGGGGAGGAGCUUUGAUUGAGCUGUCAGCGUUCCAGGAUCCCAGGGAUUCAAAGAAAAUGAUCGAUGAUGCAAUUUCAAAGCUGGACGAGGCUUUGCUGAUUGAUCCAGCAAGGCAUGCCACUCUUUGGUGCUUGGGAAAUGCCCACACGUCUUAUGCAUUCUUAACUCCUGAUUUUGACGCUGCAAAGGUUAAUUUUGACAAGGCACGUGAGUGUUUCCAGAGAGCUCUUGAUGCGGAUCCUGAGAAUGAGCUUUAUAAGAAGUCCUUGGAAGUUACUGAUAAGGCCCCAUUAUUGCACAUGGAGAUCCACAAAAAUGGGCUUGGUCAGAUGACUGGUGGUGGGGCUUCCUCUACACCCUCAAAAAGAAAGGAAUCAGCAAAGCAGAAGAGCAGUGACCUCAAGUAUGAUAUAUUUGGAUGGGUGAUUCUUGCAAUCGGUAUAGUCGCAUGGGUGGGAAUGGCCAAAUCUCAAGUUCCACCACCACCUCCAAGAUAAACAUGUUAGUUAUCUUUUUAAGGUACCUUCACCAAGAUUAUUGGCUUAAAAGGUCACUUCACUAUAGGUUUGCAGUUAUAAAAUAGGUAGCGCAUUUGUGGUAUCUGCAUGCUGGCUAUAUCUAAAGGCUUGUCUUUCUUUUUUGCACUUUAAAAGAUAUCUUUUUGAAUGGUUUUCUUAGCUCUUUUGGUUUACUAGCUCGCGGUAUAACUCAUUUAGCUUGUGGGUCAAAUUGAAUUGGUUCAUCUCCAUAUCCAACGUAUGAGUUGCUAUGGAUUGAUCUUCAACCAGCAUUCCUUCAUCUACCAUUUUUGCACAGCAGUGUCCUGGUAGGGCAGAAAAAAUUGUAUUUCUAUCCUUGUCUGCACAAUAAGACCGCUAAUGGAUUUCACUUUAUAA